GUCCCAAGUUCUCUUUAAAUAAAUAAUUAAAAAAAAAGCCAACAGCUCACACAGAACAAGGAGUUGUCCUUGGAACGUUUGACCCAUGUGAUGAAUCAAGAAUAAAUAACAGAUUUAAGUACCUAAGGACGCAAAGAAGUUCCUAGUGGAUAUUGGGAAGCACCAAGACAGCCAGUUCGAAGAUCAAGUGUGGCAGCCCAGCAGGAGAACUGGAAGGGGAACUUCAGGGACCUCCGUCUUCUCCAGGAUAGAAUUUGCCAACCCUGAGUCACAGCCUGCAUCAGAGUGGUGUAGACCGCAGUGGGAGCUGGGAGCAGCCAUAGCUUGUGGUGGACCUGCUGUGCUCGUACCUUCUUAUGGUGGUGCCAGUGUCUCGCUCUGUGCCCAGGCAAGGUGAUGGACAGCAGAGCAGAGAUGGAAGUUGUGAGAAGCACGAAGGGGAAUGUUGCUGGGGAGGUCAGCGUCCACGUGGUCACCACUGAGAGCACUGUGCAGAGCACCCACCUGCCAACGACUGCCUUCAUCAUACCAGCAAAUGCCACUACCAUCAACCUUCCCACGAGCACCUUAGAAAUUCAGCGAUUCCCCCGGGAACCACAGAGAAGCACAGGGGCUGAGAGGCCAGAGAGGGGAGCAGGGAGUGAGCCCAUCACAGCUACUGUCAUUCCCCAGAUCAGCGGGGUGCAGACCUGCAGCACAGUCCGUGUGCUGGAGUGGAAAGAUGGGGUGGCUACUUUGCCUGGGAGUAACCUGCGGUUUCGAAUAAACGAGUACGGGACACUGAAGGUAGUGAGUGCUGAUAAGAUGCCUCCAGUAGACGCUAUAAAGGAGGGUCACACAGAGAAGGACGGGGACUCAGAGGUGGCACCCACCAGCAGGGACAAUCCUACUGUGGCUCAGGAUGUGCCAGAGCAGAUCAAGCUGCCGACAGCAGAAACCAUGUGCCACUGUGAUACCUGUGGCCGGAGACAUGUGUCAGAUGGAGCCCGGGAAGGCCGUGGCUUCUGCAGUGAGCACUGUCACCAGCAGUUCAAAGAAAGGUCCGUCAUUGUGGAAAACUCUGCCAGCAGCACCAAUGCUGCUGAAAUCCUCAAACCAGUGAAGAAACGAAAGAGGAAGGACUACCAGAGCCCUUCGGAGGAAGAAUAUGAAUCUGAGCAAAUGGAGGAGAAGCAGGAAGAGAGGAAAAGCUCGACGGGAGACUCUGCCAUCAGCAAUCCGGAGGCUGAUACGUGGAAUGGGAGCCAGCACGGUGCCAGUGAGGAGAAGAAAGAAGGCUGGUCUUGGGCGUCCUACUUGGAGGAGCAGAAAGCUGUCGCUGCCCCUUUAGAUCUCUUCCAGGAUUACCAAGUAGCUUCCCAGCACAAGAAUGGCUUUAAAGUGGGGAUGAAGCUGGAGGGGAUCGAUCCGCAGCACCCGUCUAUGUACUUUAUCCUGACGGUGGCUGAGGUGUGCGGUUACCGGAUGCGCCUCCACUUUGAUGGCUACUCUGAGUGCCACGAUUUUUGGCUGAAUGCUGACUCCCCUGACAUCCACCCUGCCGGCUGGUUUGAGGAGACUGGGCACAAACUCCAGCCCCCAAAAGGUUAUAAGGAAGAAGAAUUCAGCUGGACAAACUACCUGAAGAUAACAAAGGCUCAGGCAGCUCCUAAGCACCUCUUCGUGGUUCGAAAUACUCAUGAGGCUUCCCCAGGCUUUGAGGUGGGCAUGAAGCUCGAAGCUGUGGACCGCAUGAACCCUUCCCUGAUCUGUGUUGCCACAGUGACUGAUGUGGUGGACAAUCGCUUUUUGGUGCACUUCGACAACUGGGAUGAUACUUAUGACUACUGGUGCGAACCCAGCAGUCCGUACAUCCACCCAGUUGGAUGGUGUCAGGAGCACGGCAAACCCCUCACACCUCCUCAAGAUUAUCCUGAGCCCGACAGCUUCACCUGGGAAAAGUACUUAAAGGAAACUGGAGCAUCUGCUGUCCCGGCUUGGGCCUUUAAAGUGCGCCCACCCCACGGCUUUCUGGUCAACAUGAAGCUGGAGGCAGUGGACAAGAGGACUCCUUCCUUCAUCCGAGUGGCCAGUGUGGAGGAUGUGGAAGAUCACAGGAUAAAGAUCCAUUUUGAUGGCUGGAGCCACGUCUAUGAUUUCUGGAUUGAUGUGGAUCAUCCGGACAUCCACCCCAUAGGCUGGUGCUCAAAAACUGGACACCCACUGCAGCCUCCUCUCAGGCCAAAGGAACCAGCCUCCUCUGCCCAUGGGGGCUGCCCAACCCUGGGCUGCAAGAGCAUCCCUCACACCAAGAGCUCCAAGUACAGCUUUCACCACAGGAAGUGCCCCACGCCGGGUUGUGAUGGGUCAGGACACGUGACGGGGAGAUUCACGGCCCAUUACUGCCUCUCAGGGUGCCCACUGGCAGAGAAGAACCAGGGCAGGCUUAAGGCGGACUUGUCUGACACCGAGGCCUCGACUCGCAAGAGGAACCUGAUAGGCUUCCCUCAGCGAAAGAAGUCUCGGCACCACGGGAGAGGGCGACCCCCAAAGUACCGGAAGAUCCAGCAGGAAGACUUCCAGACAAUUUCUUCAGACAAUAUGCACCAGUCGCUCUUCAUGUCUGCCCUGUCUGCCCACCCUGACCGCUCCCUGUCGCUCUGCUGGGAGCAGCACUGCAAACUCCUGCCAGGGGUGGCUGGCAUCACAGCGACUACAGUGGCCAAGUGGACCAUUGACGAGGUCUUUAGCUUUGUUCAGACUCUGACGGGUUGCGAGGACCAAGCCAAGCUCUUCAAGGAUGAGAUGAUCGAUGGCGAGGCCUUCCUCUUGCUGACGCAGGCUGACAUCGUCAAGAUUAUGAGUGUCAAGCUGGGCCCGGCACUUAAGAUCUACAAUGCAAUCCUCAUGUUCAAGAAUGCUGAUGACACCUUGAAGUGACUUUUCUUGGCCUGAUUGGGACCCUCCCUCAGCACUGGUGCUGCCAAACUGUCUGGUCAGGACAGAGAUUCCCCCUGACUGGCCGCAGCUUGUCACGUCCUGCUCAUGUCCUCUCGGGUGCCGCAUCUCCGCUCUCCCACCAGUCCAUCUCCCAUCCUCUCCGCUCCACGCUGCCCUUCUCUUCCAGCACUGGGUGCAGGCUGACCCCAAGCCUCGGGGUAGCUGCAGGGAUGGAGGGUGGACGUGGGGCUAGUCUGUCCUAGUGCAACAGCUGCCCCCCAAGUCCUGCUGUGACUGCACUGCUGUGGGGGGGUGUGUGCAGAGGGACGGGGGAGCAGCGCAGAGGGUCUAGCAGCUGGGGGCUGACACCACAAUCAAGUCACCCAGAUGAGGGAAGGGACUGACUGCCACAUACAUGCUUGCACCUGUUUAAAGGCUGGUCUUGGCUUUGCUCAACAGCUGAGAAA